AUGGCAGCAUCGGAAUUGUACAUCGACGAGCUAUUUCAAUCCCUAAAUUUUUUCCCGUCCGAGUUGAACUCCGUCCUUGAGGACAUAAAGAUCUUGGACACGGAAGUCGAGCUUCAGAAAAAACUCGCUGGAGAAAUGUUUGAGGACUUCUCAACAAAAUCGAAAGAAAAUUUAUCGAAGAAAGAAAGGCGAAAAAUGAGAAAUGACAUUGAUGAUGUCUGGAAGACAGCGGAGAAAAUUCAAAAUGAAAAGAUUAUUUUGGCGCAGGGUCUUUCAAAAAAGCUUGAUGAAGAAAUUUCUCGAUUGGACGAGAAUGUCUGGAUGUUCGAAAACUUUCUUGGCAAAGAUCGGGGCACCUUGUCAAAUCCCACAUCUCCUAAUCAAAAUGUGGACGACAUGCCAAUCGAUCCAAACGAGCCGACAUAUUGCUACUGCGACCAAGUUUCUUCAGGAGAUAUGAUUGCUUGCGACAAUCCUACGUGCCUCAUCGAAUGGUUUCAUUUUCAAUGCGUGGGAAUCAAGAAAGAGCCAAAAGGAGAUUGGUACUGCCCAGACUGCAUUAAACUCAAGGGUCCGUCGAAAAAGAAGAAGAAUUGA